UAAAUCCAGCAUGUUCGUCAGGCACGCUAAUAAAUUGUCCUCCAGAAUUGCUCCAGGGUCCUCAGGCAAAAUGUGGUGCAGAGUAGUCGAAUUGCCGCAAGGUGGCGUCGAAGCAAUUGUGGAAAAUACAGUAGAAUACACAAAUUUUUACAAAUACAGUACAUCGCUGUAUAUGUUGUUCGACGUCACACUAAAUUCCCAUAAUGCAACGGUAAAUACAGUUAUUUACUGUAAAAGGAAUUUGCAGUAUUAUACUGGGUGAAAUACAGUAAAUAACUGUGUAGUUUACAGAAAUGUCUAACAGUGCUGAUUGCGAGUUGCAAGCUGUUUGAAAUCACUUCUGAGCUGUUAGAGAAUAAGUAUACAAAUAUGGUCUUUUUUACAGUAUAUUAACUUGGUUAUGUUAGUGAUGUUACUGUGCAGUGUCAAAAUAUUUCAUUAUUUUUCAAUAAAAUGCAAAGGGCUAAAAUAUGUUUUGUAUUUUUAUAUGCACUCUGUUAUGAUCCCAAGCAGUGUUGUCCUCGCAGGCUGCUGGAGAGCACUCCCUGUCAUUCAACUGAACUACAUAUCCCAUCAUAUAUUGCACUCACACACUAGUUCAAAAUUACUUCUUGAUUACACACAGCUGAGGCUUAUCAUUGCUGAUUAUGUGGACUACAGUUAUACACCACACAUACUGAUAACAUUUACAUUGUUUUGCUAUCUGCCUUGACCUUUUUGCAUGUUUCAAUGACCACUCUUUUGGAUUACUUUUAUGCUUCAGUUUUCUCCUGUUUUUGCCUUGUCAGUCUGUCUAGUCUUAAUUAAACUACAUUUUAAUCCACACCUCUGUUGCCUAAGCCAGUCAUCGUUUAUCAAUUUUAUCACGUUAACUAAAUGGAUGGCUAGCAUGCAUUAAGAAGGCUACAAUCCAAUAUCAGUAUUUAAUAAGUAUUAUGAUUUUCAUGCUCUUUCUAUAGUCUGAGGCUGCUUUAAAAUGGCACAAAUAGGUAUUCUGUCAGCUACAUAUUAAAGCUUACUUCAUUUAAUGAAAAUCCAUAAAGUAAUAAUAACACAUGCAAACAUUUUCCUCAAAUUCCCAUCAUGUCACCAUUCUCAAAAAAAAAAUAUGUGUCUCAGCUGUAUUUAGGUCAUUUAGCCGCAGAGCUCAACAGUAUUGAGAGAGGCUAAUCAGUAAGCUUUUAAGAUGGUGAAACUUUGCUACAUUGACCCGGUCAGCAACACAGCUGCCGCAGCAGGAGCUCGUCCCCUACCGUUGCGCAUCUCUGGCCUCACAGAGCUUCAGGUCCAAGCAGAUAAUGGACGUUUCAAGUCCCACGACUGAAGCUUCUUCAAUGGAGCCUAGUACUAAGCUUUUCUGCUGCAGGUCCGUGAGACGCUGCAUCCCUCUGGUUUACAGACAGGAGCUCUACCACAUCUUGUGCAUGACCGGACCUUUGGUUGCAUCGCGCAUUCUGAAUUAUCUCCUGCCAUUUGUCAUAACAAUGUUUUGCGGCCGCCUGGGAAACAGUGUGCUGGCUGGUUAUGGAAUGGCCUCAGCUACGAUAAACAUAACAACUGCAGCUACAGGUGGAGGUCUUGCACUGGCGGCUGACACGCUCAUCUCUCAGACCUUCGGUGGGAAGAACCUGCGUCGUGUUGGCAUCAUCUUACAGAGAAGCGUACUGAUCCUUCUGCUCUUCUGUUUGCCAUGUUGCGCUCUGCUUAUCAACACACAACCCAUCCUUCUGCUGCUCAGACAAGACCCAGAGGUGGCCAGAAUAGCUCAACUCUAUGUGGUCUGUUACCUGCCAGCAGUCCCAGCAAUGUUUUUGCAUCAGCUGCAAGUAGCCUAUCUCCAAAACCAGGGCGUGAUUCUGCCUCAGAUGUAUGCAGGCAUCGCAGCCAACGUUGCUAAUGUGCUGACAAAUUACAUCCUCCUUCACUGGUUGGAGCUUGGGGUAUAUGGAUCUGCUGCUGCCAAUACCAUAUCUCAGAUCUAUAUUUGUGCUUUCCUCUAUUUAUAUAUUCGCUGGAAGAAGCUCCAUGUUGAAACAUGGGGAGGCUGGUCAUGCGACUCAUUGCAGGAGUGGGAUGGAUACAUGAAACUGGCCAUCCCCAGUACCAUGAUGCUGUGCUUCGAGUGGUGGAUUUAUGAGGUUGGAGGGUUCCUAGCAGGCAUGCUGGGAGAGUUGGAUCUGGCAGCUCAACACGCAGUCAUUAUGCUGGCUUUUAUCAACUACAUGUUUCCAUUAGGGAUUCAAGGAGCGGCUUGUGUCCGUGUGGGUAAUGCUCUCGGAGCUGGAGACACGGCCGGAGCGAUCCGCACCAGCAAGGUUUCCCUCACCUGCACAGCUGCCUUGGCUGUUUUGCAAGGUCUUGUGCUCGUAUCAACAAAAACUGUCAUUGGUUUCUUAUUUACAUCAGACAGACAUAUUGUGGCUCUUGUCUCCAAACUCUUGAAUGUCUACUGUGUGCUGCAGUUCUUUGAUGGUCUUGUUUGUGUCAGCAUGGGUAUUUUGUUGGGCUCGGGGCAGCAGAAGAUCGCAGCUGUUGCCAAUUUCUUUGGGUAUUACUGCAUUGGACUUCCACUUGGCACUUCUCUCAUGUUUGCUGCAAAAUUAGACGUUGUUGGCUUUUGGCUUGGACUUCUCAUUUGUGUUUGUGUGCAGUCCAGUUUUUUCAUUGGAGUCAUUUUUAAGUUCAACUGGGAGAGAGUGACCAAAGAGGCAGUGGAGCGUGCUGGAAGGACUAAAAUCUCUGCAAUGACAGCUCCUGAUAGUAUCACAGCGAGACACAGAGAGAAUGGGGAUGAGUACAUAACUGUCAGCGCAGCCGAUCCGAACGUGGAGCCAAACGCGACUGGCGUCGAGGAAAAGCCUCCAGUUCUGCUGUCCACCUCUCAGCUGGUCCUCAGAAGGGGUUUGACCACACUUGCCGCUCUCCUCAUCCUCGCUGGAGGGAUAACCGUUCAUCUCAUUGUGCCCUUACCUCAGAUGUUUUACGGUGCUGCUGCAAAUUUUACUUUAAACUCCAACUUUACCACACCUUCAUCCUUUAUUCAUUCCACUUCUGCGUCAUUAUAAGCCUAGAGCUGUAGCUGAUCAUACUGUAGACUCUACUGCCCUACACUCAAGCUGGCCCUCUUGGUAACCCAGCUACUGUCAAAAACAUGUAAAUAAUAAUGCAAAUCAACUUGAUUUCAAAACCUUGAUGCCCAUUUGACCAUCAAAAUAUCUGAAACACAUUUGAAAUUUAUUCAUUAUAAAUGACAACCUUACACAGGAUGCUGUGUCCCUAUAAUGCAUGGAAACUGCCUUGAUUAUUUAAAACGUUUUUUGAUAUCAUUUUGACAUCAAGUUGCUCAUUUGGGAAAUUAACAUGAGACUAAUGGUAGUUAAUAUUAUAUAUACUUCAAAUACUAUAGUGUUCUUGAACCAUACUAUAGUAAGGUGUACUAUAUUAUAUUAUAGUAUUUACAACACCUUGCUAGGGUGGCAUGGUGGCUCAGUUGUUUAACACUGUCGCCUCAUAGCAAGAAGGUCGAUGGCUCGAGUCAUGGUGGGGCCAGUUGGUGUGGAGUUUGCAAUCUAUUCUCCCCAUGUUGGUGUGAGUUUUCUCCGGGUGCUCCGGUUUCCCCCACAGUACAAAGGCAUUCAUAGAUUUUUGAAUAAACUAAUUGAAUAAAAAAUUGCGUCAAAACCA